UAAAGGUUUCAGUUUUGUUUAAUUUUACAAAUUUAUUUAAACGGAGUCCCCAGCUAUUAAAAUGGCGUUAAGGGUAAAUUUUGUUGCCAGACAGUUUCUAAACAUGGAGACUGCCUUUAAAAAAUGUACAAACCUAAAUUUAAAGCUGCAAGUUCGAAUGAGCAGCAUAUUAACUGACAAUUCUUCAUUACCCGACACUCAUCAAAUGUUAAGACAAACAUGCGCAGAUUUUGCAGAAAAGGAACUUGCCCCGUUGGCGUGGACAACAGAUAAGAAACACCUGUAUCCAACUGAACAGGUACGAAAAAUGGGAGAUCUUGGAUUAAUGGCAAUUGAUCAGAAAGAAGAAUAUGGCGGCGCUGGGUUGGAUAGUUUGGCUUAUGCUGUGGCUAUGGAAGAAAUAAGUAGAGGAUGCGCUACGGCUGGUGUUAUCAUGAGUGCGCAUAAUUCACUUUAUUUGGGUCCGAUUAAAUAUUGGGGCUCAGAGCAGCAACUACAGAAGUAUGUGCUCCCGUUUUCAACAGGUGAGAAGGUUGGUUGUUUUGCUUUAAGUGAACCCGGUAAUGGAUCAGAUGCGGGUGCUGCUUCAACCACUGCACGAGACGAUGGAGAUUGUUGGGUGCUAAAUGGAACCAAAUCGUGGAUAACUAACUCAUAUGAAGCUUCAGCUGCUGUUGUUUUCGCUACAACUGAUAAGUCAAAGAAACAUAAAGGCAUCAGUGCUUUCAUAGUUCCUAUGCCUACAGAGGGUUUGAGCCUCGGUAAAAAAGAAGACAAACUCGGUAUCCGUGGUUCCUCAACUGCUAACCUCAUAUUUGAUGAUUGCAAAAUACCAAAAGAGAAUCUUGUUGGAGAAUCAGGGUUUGGGUUUAAAAUAGCGAUGUCUACGUUGGAUGCCGGGCGUAUUGGGAUCGCUUCACAGGCUCUAGGGAUCGCGCAAGCUUCUUUGGAUUGCGCAAUUGCAUACGCUGAUGAUAGGAAAGCUUUCGGGGCUCCAAUAAGCAAGUUACAAUCUAUCCAAUUCAAACUAUCAGACAUGGCUCUUAAAAUUGAAAGCGCAAGACUUUUAACAUGGAGAGCUGCUAAGCUUAAGGAUGCUGGUAUGAAUUUCACAAAAGAGGCUGCAAUGGCCAAGUUAGCAGCAUCAGAAACAGCAACAUUUGCUUCUCACCAGGCGAUUCAAAUAUUAGGAGGUAUGGGAUUUGUAUCAGACAUGCCAGCGGAGAGGCAUUACAGAGAUGCAAGAAUUACCGAGAUUUAUGAAGGCACCAGUGAAAUACAGCGUCUUGUUAUUGCUGGACGAUUAUUGGCAGAAUAUAGAAAAUAAUUUAGCUUUAUAUGGGGAACAUUUUUCUAUGCAAAUAUAAUUUAACAUGGUAUAGUUAAUGCAGACAUUGCAAAAUGGGGAGCCAUUUGCUUUAAGUGAACCCGGUAAUGGUGUAUCAAUGUCAAUUAAAUAAUUUUUCAAAGCCAUUCCCACUGUCUUGAAGUUUCAUUAUACAUUAAUUCAUACUUUGAAAAGUUGCCAAUGUUAAACUAAUCUUAUUUGUUAAAUAUUGAAGGAAAAAUUAAGUGUUUAUUUUGUAAUAUGGUUAAAUUUUAAUACUACAAUUAAUGAACGAAGAAAUGUCUUUAUUUAAAACAAUUCAACACCUUUUAACUUUUACUUUAAACAAAA